GUUACCUGCAGCAGUAAUGGAAAAAGCACAGUAUGUGAAGGGAGUGUUGAAACGCGAUGCUGUGCUGGUUACCUUGGAGUUAAUGGCACGUGUGAAGAAUGCCCUGCUGGGAGGUUUGGCUUGAAUUGUAGCAGCCCCUGCAAAACUAAUUUUUAUGGUCGACUCUGCUUGGCGAAGUGUAUGAGUUCAGUUGACCAAUACUGUGACAACGUCAAGGGGUGUCUUAACAAUUCAAGUUCUGGCCUUUCGAUUACUAAACAAAACGUUUCUAAUGUACCCGUUGAUGUUGGGAACAUCCAAGAAGACUUGGCAUGGCGCAACACUGCAUUCAUUCUCGCUUGGGUUUUGUUGAUACUUAUUGCUAUGAUCGGUGCUCUUCAGAUCAAAUCCAGAUUUGUAUCGGGUUUUAAUGGGAAAACUAAAGCUCGACACAGAACAGGCAAUGAAAACGCAUCAAUUGUAUAUGAAACAGACCAAACAAGCCGUGUUUCUGCAUCUUUGAGUAGCAGAAGUUGUAUCGGAGAGAAUCAAUUGUAUGAGGAACCUGACUCCACAUAUCCGUACGACAAUCUUUCACUCAGAGAUCAAGGAGUUGCUUUGUUCUUCCAAUCAAACGUUAUGCCAAACUCACCAGAUGUUUAUCUGGUUGAAAUGCAGGCAGAUUUUACCGGAACGUUAAUGAGUGAUCAAGUAUAUAGCUUGGCAAGUAUGCCUAUCCACAAGAGAGAUGUCUGCACUGACGACAUUGCAUCUUAGAUGCACUUUAGUUUGAAACAUCGUUCGUUUUGUUGAUUUGAUUCAAUAUAUGUAAUCAUGAAUUAUGUUUCAAUAAUGCCUAUUGUAAUAGUGCAAACAUCGUCUUACAAUAAUAUUGUAAAACAAUAUAAAACAAGUGUGAGAAUAUUUAAAGUCUCGAUUAAAACAACAUUGUCGCUUAUAUCUCUGUUUAUGUUUAUACAUGUACAUAUUUGUUGCUUGGCUGAUGCUUUAUUCUUGUAUAGAUUGUUGACUAAUUAAUAUGAAAAAAACUGUACAUUCUAAAGUUUAAAAUAGCUAUAAAUACAGUAACUUUUAUUAUAUAUGUUAACUAAGAGCGCAGCUUACAACCAACAUUAUGGGUGUUUCACAAAUGUUCUUGUCUUUAAUACAGCAUACUCUCUUACAAAGUAUUUAUUUCUCUUUUUCGUUCAUUGUUUUACAUUUAUUCAAAAUGUAAAAGAAACAUCUGAACUAAAGAUUAUUAUACUGACAAAUACGUAUAACAUACCACAUGUCACUCAUUACCAUCAAUCACUUCCCGGCAUGAGACUGCAAAG